CAAAGAGGACGUAGGUAUGCGAGCCCUUUUUGCUGAGGAGCGAAACAAUGAUGAAGUGCCUCCCCAGGUGACCGGACUAUUCGUGCAAGAGUUUCGGAACUCGCCGGACGCGUUGGGCACGCACAUACACCGUGUGUUCCGACCCUCGAAUUGGCAGAACCCAAUGCUGCAGCCUAGACUCACGGAAGGACGUAGGCACCAGGCUUGGGUGAACAUGCGCCCGGCACUGACUUUAGCAACGAAGUUCUUGCUCGAUCCCAGGUUCGGCGCCUUUUGGUACCAUCUCAUGUAUGGGACCCCCGUCACGGAUGCCGCCACUAGGAAGACCUACCUCGAGCACUCCAACCGGGAAGACGACCUUCAGACUGCAUGUGCAGAUUUUGAGGCCCUGCUUGAGAGCCUUGCUGACCGGACCACCUUCUACUGGCGGCCGGAGAAAUCAGAAGGUCCUACUUUUGCCGGUGUAACCCAGUUUUCUUUCUGGGAGAUCUUGAAGGAUUUCAUCGACUCCUCACGGUUCGAUCGCCUCCGUAAGCCCGUGGAUAGCUACAAUAGCUACAUCGGCCUCAGUAGCAAAUUCCUGUACAACCUGAUGAGCGAGAAUGCGGUUACGUACUCGGACGUAAACGCAGACAUACGCCUCCAAUUUGUUCUUGCGGUGACCAUCACACACGAGCUCGCGCACGCUAUUUACGGAUGGCGUGGUCUGCCCCAUGUGGACUGGACUAACGGGCUUGUGGAGGUCUUCGCCUUCGACACUGACAUUUCCAAUGAGAUCGGCUGGAGCUGGGAGAACCACACGUGGGAUGGUGUAAUCCUCGCCUGCACGCUUGACCACGACGCGAUCGGCGAGGUCCGGGCUAGAACCUGGGAGUCUGAGAUUUUGAACGAGACUUACAUCUUUACCCCGGUCCCGGAAGAUUGGCUGAAAAGUCUCUUCAUGAAAGACACAUGGAAGAACAUCAAUCAAGCAAUCAAGAAGAUCCCUAAGCCGGCUUCGAGUCCGUGGAGUACGUCCACGGCCUUGCAGUCAAUCCAGAGCAUCAGAUUCUAAAUGAUCGCGAAGGUUCCGUCAAGGGCGACGUCGAUCCUUGGUUUAAGCGGGUGCGGAAGGUCGAUCAGCAGAAGGCGUCUCAGACCGGCCGCUUCGUGAAGCGACCGCAACUUGGGCCGAGGUCUGAGGUCCUUGGGCAGGCGAUCGCAUGUGUGCCUAUAGACGGGGAGUAUCUGGAGGAGGAGGACAACGACGACGACGAUACCGUCAUAUACGAAAGCUCGAACGAUGACUUUCUACAUGGCGAAGAUCCGCCUGAGGAGUACGAAAAGGAUUUCGACAUUUUUCCGCCUCCGACUUUUCGACUUCCAGGUGUUAUCCCUGUAGCACAGCACCGUCCUCCAUCGCUAAGCCCUUCUCCCAAUGAUCUUGAUUUCCCGCGUGGUGCAAUUCCAUCGGAUCGCGUUCGCCGCUAGUGCAGCAGCUUUCGUUUCUUGAAUCUCCAUAACAUACGUAUUGUCAAGUCUUCAACCAAAUAUCUUAUUCAUAA